AAAAACCAUCUCCUCCGUCCUCGACUCCUCGCCCCACGGCCCACCACCAGAUGGUCAGAUCUGGCGGAAGCCACCGCCCCAUCCUUCCUCUUCACCGGUUCGCGCCGCUUCCCCCUUCUUCGGCGCUCGCUGAACUUCUCCAUCGAUUCGUGGCCGGAGGUGCAGCUCCACAAUCGCCGCCGCUCGCAUCUGCUUCGUCGAACGAGGGGAGAGGGCUCCUCGUCUCGAGCAACCUGGCCAAGCCGUUACAUCGCGCCUUCAGCCGCUGUGGCGCUCGCCCCAGUGCUCCAUUCCAAUACUGAGGAGACCGUCUUCCUGCUAGGAGGCAGUCGAGCGGUGCGCAGCGCAGAGUACUUACGGCCAUCACCAGCGAGCUGCGCGUGCAGUCGGUUUGCUCAGGACAUCGAAUCACUCCUGGAACCAGCCAUCCAGGAUUGCAUCACUCGCAGUUGAGGCCUUCUUUUUUACUAUCUCCCAGGAAGGACUCCACUUCUGGUUUUGGAAAAAAGAACAGAAAAAUGGAAAACAGCUUUUUCCAUUCCUGAGCUUCUGGUUAACCCCCGGCCUUUCAGAGGGCUCCUUGCGGACUCGUUAGACGAAACGCCUCGACUAUCCAUACUAAGAUCAAUUAUUGCCCAUCGCUAUUGUUGAAUCCCUGAAUUUGCCGGCCAAGAUGUUUGUUGUAACGGUUGCAAAAGCAAUCUUCUUCACCAUGAAAAGGCUUUUCCAGCUUGACAAUGCCAGUAAUUUGGCCAGCGUGGAGCUGUGGGUGGUGAUGACGACGCUCCUUCUGGUGGUCAGGUUCCUUAUCGAUUUCUCUGGGCCGUGGUACUCCAAUAGGUUCACGUUUGCCACGGUUCAAAUUAUUGAGCUUCUAAACUACAACAUGGUGCACUACACCUUGGGGCUCAUGCAGCUCUCAUCGGCAAGGGUAAACGACUACUUCCAGGUUUGGGCGGUGCUCAUGGUCACACUUCAAUACAGUGUCAAGAUUGGCCGCCCAUAUGGCAGGUCCAAGCGGAUCCCACUUCUCGAUCUCAUGUCCUCCGUUUGGGCAGCCAAUCUGCUACGUGUACAGACUGUUCUCCUCCUCCAGAUUCCUCUCUGGUUCGUUUGGUCAGCCAAUGCAGCCCGUAUCAUCACAUAUUUCCUCUUCUCCGACAUGUCCGUGACCCGCAACGAUGAGAAUGUGAGGCUGGUUUGCGACUACAUGAGGUAUGAGCACACACACUCUGACACCGCCAACACUGACAGUAUGAGCGGGUACAAGUACUUGGUAUUUGGGGAAGAUCGACAGGAGAUGAAACUUGACCUUGCGAAGUUCACACUUAUGCUUGAUAUGGAGCACCCGAAGCUUAUUACUGUGGAGAAAAUAUGGGGGCUUCACGACAGCGGGUUGCUGGGCAGAACUGCUGACCCUGACGACCAAUUGAAGGACGUGUGCCUUUCGUUUGCCCUGUACAAGCUGCUACACCGUCGGUUCUACGACCUUCCAAUACAUGAGGCCCAGCAGGACAAGACAAAGAAGCUCGUUUUCGAGGGCAUUUUGAAGGACAAGGAUGACGAUUACGAGAGGGUGUUUCGCGUCACAGGAGUGGAGCUGUCCUUCCUCCAAGAUUUAUAUCACAGCAAGCACGCUCAGCUCUUUGUGAGGGGAUUUCCUUUCCCUAGUCUGUGCCUCUCUCUGGUCUUGGUCGCGGUUACAGGGUACAUUGCAUAUCCUGUUCAUCAGAUACAUAACCGGAUUGACUCAGCAGUCCUCAACAGAAAUAGGAUUACUCAUGGAGCGUUUAUCACUUAUAUUAUUGUUGGUCUCAUCAUUGCCAAAGAGAUCGCGGAAAUCAUCAUGUAUGUGUUCUCACAGUGGACCAAAAUCCACAUGAUCUGCAUGCACAUCAAGCAUCCAAAAUUUGGGCAGUUUUGGCUUGUCGUGAAGGCAAUGAGAUGUAUGUUCUGGUUGAUCAGGAAGGGCAAGUGGAAACACCAGAUCCGUCAAUACAACCUUCUGAUUUCAUCUCGUCCACGGAAGCACAUCAUGGCCAACUUAUUUCCUCGAAGCAUCAAACUGGAGUCACAGGUAAAGAACGCGAUAUUCGAGUCAUUCAAGGGUCUAAAUUUUCUAGACCCAAGACCCAAAACUAAUAAUGGUCUAGAUCAGAAUCCAGUAAGGUUGGAGGCCUAUUUUUCUUACGCCUUCGGGUCAAAAGGUGACCUUAUGCAGCAGCUUGAAUGGGCCAUUGACCUGGAGGCUGACACCCACAGGAUACUGGUCUGGCAUAUCGCAACCUGCCUCUGUGAGAUCAAUCUCUCCGAUAACGCCUACGGGCGUAAGACUUUCUGGAUGAAACCAAGGCCGUUUGUCAACAGGUCAAGAGCCCCCGAAGGUGUGUGGGACCACUACAUCACUGCUUCCAGCUUAUCGAACUACUGCGGGUACCUGCUUGUCAAGGAACUAGUGCCUGAUACCGGCCUAGUUGUCCAAAAGGUGUUUCACGAGGUACGUCUGGAAACCAACCGUGCAACAUCCAAACUCGGCAUGUUCAUGUCCUUGUUUGAUAUAUAUGACAGUCUUAUGGUGAAAGCUAAAAAGAAUGAAAAGCCCAAGGAAGAGGAGUCCCUGCAAGUGCCCCAAACUUUGGGAGACGACUCCCUAAUCACUGAGCAAGUGGCUGGGCAAGAUGACGAGGGAGGAGAUUACCCUGCCGAUGCUCUAGUCAAUGAGGAAGACCCUGAGAACGAUGUCGAUGGUGACGGUGAAGAUGAAGAAGACACCAUAAUCAUGAUGGGCACAAGACUCGGGAAGCAGCUGAUGGAUAGGUAUGAAGCAGACAGGAUAGGCCUCUGGGCAGACUUGGCAAAGUUCUGGACGGGUUUCCUCCUCCACUUGGCUGCUAACACUGGAGCAAUGAAGCACAGGAUGCAUCUCGCCGGGAACGGGGAGCUCAUAACACACCUGUGGGCUCUGCUGUCUCAUGCCGGCAUUCUUGGCGGCAGCCAUGUGGAGCAUCUCUUAGACCCGGUGAACCUCGCCAACAUCAACACUGCCAACAGAGAUAUGACUGACCCGACUAGGUACCCAACCUUUGUUAAUUAAUUAAUCAAUCGAGGGUGAUUGAUGCUUGGUUCAUUCGAUCGUGCCAAUUCCAAAUUGGGUUCUUAUUUCAUCUGAAGCAUGGUUUCGCCGACUGGAAGUAUGAUUUUUGUUUGUGCGGCCACAGUUCUGGUGGAGUGGUGGUUGAUGUAAUUUGCUUCAAUGUCCGUUGGUUGGUCGCUUCCCGGUGCAUGUGUUCGUUGUUUUUUUUUCUGAGGAAGCAUGUGUUCGUUGUUGGAUUUGCUUUAAUGUGGUGGUUUAUUUCCCUCCCUCGUACUGUUACGGCCUGAUGAGCAUUGUGUUUGUUAUCUUGUGUUAUCAAUACUGUACUCGUCUGAUUUUCGUAAGCAAAGUGGAACCCUGCCUGCGCUUAAUUCAUGGUGGUCAUGAUAUGACACCAUUUCAUA